AUGGCCGACAGACGCACUGAAAUCGCCAGAAAAAAGGCUCAAAUCGAGCAGCUUCGGAAGGAGCGCAUGCAGAAGGAGAUUGCGAAAAAGGAGGGACCAUCAAAGACGGUUUCACAGACAAGCUCGUAUAGUAGUACAACAGACCCAGAUUCUGUACUUAGAGAGUUUGGUAUUUCCAUUUCUGAUGCUCCACCACAGCAGACAACAGUAAAACAAAGUUCAAGCAUAGCAACAGGUUCUGGGGAGCCACAGACGACUGCAGUGACCCAAGCGAGCCCACACAGACGCAAUAUCCAACUGUCUGUGGUGAAAGUGAAUGAGAUCAACAUCCCACCACGAGAGAAUGUGGCUUACAGCAAAGAAACACAGACCAUUAACCCUGAGCCCCUCGACAAGGAUG